ACUCGUUUCACGAGAGAACAACUCGACCAGCGUGAAACGGAAGGUGAAAUGAAAGAAAUCAGAAGAGACAGAGAGAUCGGUGGUGGACACAUUUGACUCAGCGCCACGUUUCGCAAAGUGAAUCAGCCUAAUCGUCCCUCACCUAACAUGCCACAGCCACUGAUGAACGGUUGCACCACGCUUCAGUCACAUUCAGCCGCUCGUAACCGCGCGAAGCACUUCUAGCUAAAAUGAAUCGAUUACAACGUGGAUAUUGGAUAGUCGGUGGAUUAGUUUGGAAGGAAUUGUUGAGUGUGUUGAUGGUGCUUUCGAUGGUUGUGAGUGGUUUAGAGGGGUCCUCGACAACAAAAGUGGUGACGAAGUUUGGCCCGGUUAUUGGUAUGUGGAGCAGGAGUACCAGGGGAAGACUGGUCGCACAAUAUUUGGGGAUCCCUUAUGCCGAGCCUCCUGUUGGUGAUCUGAGAUUCAGGAGUCCACAGCCCUGGAAGCGUACGUGGAAUGAGACCUACUCGGCAACGGAAUAUGGCAACAUGUGCAUUCAGCUAGGGAAAGGAGGGCAAAUUCAUGGAAACGAAGAUUGUCUCUAUCUGAAUAUUUACGUACCCAUAAUUUCAGAGAAACGAGAGGAGAACAGAGGACUUCCGGUGAUGGUAUUUAUACACGGCGGAAUAUACAUCUCCGGAUCCAGCCGCAUGUUUCCGCCAAACUACUUGAUGGACCAAAAUGUAAUCCUAGUCACGCCAAACUAUCGUUUGAAUAUUCUAGGUUUCCUCAGCACUAGCAGCAAAGCGAGUCCAGGUAACUAUGGCCUAAAAGACAUUCGAAUGGCGUUAAAAUGGGUACAGGAGAACAUUGCAUCGUUUCAUGGUGACCCAAAUUCCGUGACGCUAUGGGGCCACAGUUCUGGUAGUAGCACGGUGCACCUGUUGGCCUUGAGCAGCAAAACGGACGGACUGUUCCACAGGUACAUUGUGCAGAGCGGGUUUGCCAUUUGCCCGUGGGCUCUGAAUGCACCGCGUUGGGCGAGACUCGCGGGAUUUCAGGUAGCAAGGACACUCGGUUGUCUUCCUGAGAAAGAAAAAGGGGAAGAAGAGGAGGAUGAAACAACGAGUGAAGGUCAUUUCGAGGGAAACUCGACGACAGUGAAACCUGAAGAGACGACUGAAAAAGAGGAGAAUUAUCUCGACGAGGAAGAAGAGUAUGACGAAGAGCAGGAAGAAGAGAUGAUGUCGUGUUUGAGAAACAUUGAGGCCAACAAGAUCGUCCCUGUACUUUUGGAUUUGUACGUGUGGAGGGAAAAUCCCUGCUGCUUGUUUGGACCCACCAUCGAAGAGGAUUCAGAGGACGCCAUCAUAACGAUGCCCCCUUUGGUAACGAUCAAAAAUCGCCUCUACAAGGACAUACCAUUUAUCAUGGGAGUCGUUCAAGACGAAGGACUAAUCAAAACAGACGUUAUCCUGGUGCACGAGUCCAUGCAAGACGAGCUGGUCGACAACUUCGAUAGGUACUUGCCCCUCUUAACGAAUUAUUAUCAACUAAUUUCGAACACGAGCGAGUUUGCGACCGCAAUUGAAGAUUUCUAUUUCGGUGGGAACGUUUCUCGAUCGACGCUGGUGCAAAAUAUCACAGAGGUGCUUACCGAUGCUGCAUUUUUCUAUGCAGCGCAACAAAUGUUGAAUUAUCAAUCGGAAGUGAUGAAUUCCAACAGUUAUUUUUAUUUGUUCUCGUACCAGGGCACUUUUAGCCACACUUUCCUCACCGGAUCUCUGGUUCACUAUGGCGUCUCGCAUGUUGAUGAUUUGAAUUACUUGCUUCCAGUAUUGAACCUGCAAUUCAAGGAUCAGAUGUUACAUAAUAGUGAAAGUGAUAUAACUAUGAUAAAUAUAAUGACUGAAAUGUGGGCCAACUUUGCAGCCAAAGGAGUACCAGAAGCAUGGAGAGUGACACCCUGGCCAAAUUACAAAGAUUCUCACGAGUUCCUGAGAUUUGGAGACGGGAAAAGUACUAAUAUAACCGUGGAGAAUGUAUUCUUCCCAGAGAGAAUAAAGUUUUGGGAGGAAUUAAUUUAUAACCUAACUAUGGACUCCGUGUAUAUUGAUUUAACCAUCGCACCAACGAUCGAAGGGGAGCUACUUAACACUGGUAUUUCUCAUAAACAUGACAAACUACAAGUCUUUUUAUUAAUACUAUUUGUUAUAUGUUUGUU